AUGUCUUCCGGAGGCACCAUCUCGGGCAACACCCUUCGGGGUACACCCAACCGCGACCGCCGUGGUGCUAUUCCCUUUCAGCAGCAGCAGCAGCAGCAGCAGCAGCAGCAGCACACGAGCAGUCCUGGUGGUUCCGGCAUCCCUCGUCCCAUCGAGGAGAAGCCCGUCGAUGGAGGGUCCACCGUCAGCGCCAGCCGUCAGAAGCAGUCGAAGCGCGAUGAGGCCAUCCGCCGCAAAAUGGAGAACGACCUCUCCAAAAAGAAGCACAUUUCCGGCCGCACCCGUCACAGCCGCAAGGCCCCCCCGGGCACCGUCCUCUCCCUGAAGCCCAGCCCGGCCCUCCAGAUCAAGCCUUCGACCACAGUCUCAGAAGCCGCCCAGCUGAUGGCUGCCAAGCGGGAGGACUGUGUGCUUGUUACUGACGAUAACGACCGCAUUGCUGGGAUCUUCACGGCUAAGGAUCUUGCCUUCCGCGUCGUUGGUGCCGGCUCCAAGGCUGCCAAUGUCAUUAUUGCCGACAUCAUGACCAAGAACCCUCUCUGCGCCCGCACCGAUACCAGCGCCACCGAUGCCCUCGACCUCAUGGUUCGCAAGGGUUUUCGCCACCUGCCUGUCAUGGACGAAAACCAGGACAUCUCCGGCGUCCUCGAUAUCACGAGGUGCUUCUACGAGGCCAUGGAGAAGCUCGAGCGUGCUUACUCGUCUUCCAGGAAGCUGUAUGAUGCUCUGGAGGGCGUUCAGUCUGAGCUCGGUGCCAGCCAGCCUCAACAGAUUAUCCAGUACGUUGAGGCUCUGCGUACCAAGAUGUCCGGUCCUACUCUGGAGACGGUCCUCAACGGCAUCCCACCGCCCACUGUAAGUGUGCGCACGUCAGUCAAGGAGGCUGCUGCUCUCAUGAAGGAGCACCACACCACAGCCAUCCUCGUCCAGGACCAGGGUGCCAUUACUGGCAUCUUUACCAGCAAGGACGUCGUCCUCCGUGUCAUUGCUCCUGGCCUGGACCCGGCCACUUGCAGCGUUGUUCGCGUCAUGACCCCCCACCCUGAUUUUGCUCCUAUGGACAUGAGCAUCCAGGCGGCUCUUCGCAAGAUGCACGAUGGCCACUACCUUAACCUUCCCGUCAUGAAUGACGAAGGCGAAAUUGUCGGCAUGGUUGACGUCCUCAAGCUCACGUACGCUACGCUGGAGCAGGUCAACACAAUGUCUACCGGCGAUGGUGAAGGGCCUGCCUGGAAUAAGUUUUGGCUCUCGAUGGACCACGAGACCGAGUCGAUGAUGUCCGGCGAGGGCAGCCACAGCCACCACCACACUACUCUGGGAUCUCGCAUGAUGUCGCCGGAUAUGACGCGCGAACGCCUGGGAGACAGCCUUGCCCCCGGCGACUCAGCCUCUCACGUCGGCGUAUCCCCCCCACACUCCAUGGUGCAUUCAGUGACUGGUCAGCCUCCUGCCGAGGUGCCCUUCCCGUUCAAGUUUAAGGCGCCGUCCGGACGCGUGCACCGUCUGCAGGUGAUUGCCUCGCAGGGCAUUGAGGUCUUUGUGGCCUCGGUCAUUGCUAAGCUGGGUCACGAGAUUGACGGCAUCGGCGGCGCGCCUGUGGUUGAGGAUGGCAAGAUUAGUGACACUGGAUUUGCCCUUAGCUACGCUGACGACGAGGGUGAUACUGUUUCCAUCACAACGGAUAAUGACCUGCUUGAGGCCAUCCUCCUGGCCCGCCAGGGUCGCCGUGACAAGGUGGACCUCUACGUUCACGACCCGGAGACGCCUCCUGCCGUUGGCGCCCCCCCGACUGCGUCUGUCGAGACGCCCGCCAUCCCCACGCCCGCUGCGUCUUCGGCCGCGGGUAUCCGUGAGCGCCGCAGAGCCCACAGCGACGAAUCGGAUGUUGACGAGUCAUCGGAUGAUGACGGGUCGUCUAUCGGACGGUCUAGGAGGUCUCACCACGGUCACAGGCACCACCGCCACCACCACCAGCAAGAACAAGUCAUUCCCGGUGUGCCCAACGACCUCUUACUUCCCGGAGCUAUUGUCACCCUGGCUGUGGUCAUUAUUGGCGUCUUUACUGUUGCUAGGGCCACGAGUCGCUGA